GGGGGAGUGUGUAGUUCCUGUCUCUUCCUGCUCUGUCUUACUCUCUGCCUCUCUCUCUGCCCCUCUCUCUCUCUCUCUCUGUUAGGGAGAUGGGAGGAGAGCUGGCUCUUGCAUUCCUGCAAGGAGAAAAAAUAGGUGACAGCACUGCAUAUAAGAUCAUAGAGGAGACGUCCCUGCCCCGCUCCUUUCCCCCACCCUGAUGAAGGAGGUCGUGAGCUUGUGUGCUUUCCUCAAAGGGUUGAGGGCAAAGUUUCCUUGAGGCCUACAACCUGUGUGAACAGGCAGACCUCAGGGAUGAGUCUACAGGAACAUUCACGGAAGACCCACGCUGGAGAAGAGGGUGGUCUAUUUGACCCGACGGCACUUAAAAACAAGGGCAAACUCUUGAACUUCGGCCAAAUGGAAGAGGAGCAAGGUGAGGGGAGCGCAAUUGAGAGUAUAGAUCAUCCACGGCAAGCCUCUGAACAAGGGGAACUCUGUGCAACCAAGAGAAUCCCUGAAGGGAAUGUUUCCGAACCUCCAGAAGCUGUUGAAAGUCCCCAAGGACCAUGGAGGCAACAGGACAACUGUUUGGAGAACAGCAGAGGUAAAUCUUGGCAAAGUGAAAUCAGAGACCGCAAGGGAAGCCGUGAAGGUCAGGGGCAAGAGACACUGACUGAAUUGGGGAACAGCUCAGGCAGAACCCAAGAAGAGAAGAUAUACCAGUGCUUAUACUGUGGGAAAUCCUUCAACGCACACUUCAAACUUGUUAGACACCACAGAAUCCACACGGGAGAGAAACCAUACAAGUGCUUGGAUUGCGGCAAGAGUUUUAAUCAGAAAGGAAACCUUAUUGCUCAUGUGAGGAUCCACACAGGAGAAAAGCCAUAUGUGUGCUCCGAUUGUAGGAAAAGCUUCAGCCACAAAGGCAGCCUUGUUUUGCAUGUGAGAAUCCAUACUGGGGAGAAACCCUACAAAUGCCCUGAUUGCGGGAAAUGCUUCAGCCGUUUAGGUUCCCUGAAAGAGCAUGAGAAGACUCACACAGGAGAAAGACCAUACGCCUGCUUAGACUGUGGGAGGAGCUUCAGAAAAAUAUCUGAGCUCACAACCCACCACAGGUUCCAUACGGGAGAGAAGCCAUACAAAUGCUUGGGCUGUGAGAGAUCCUUCAGUACGAGCUCCAAUCUCAUUGCCCAUCAGAGGACCCACACAGGAGAGAAACCUUAUAAAUGCUCAGAUUGUGGGAAAAGGUUCAGCCAGGCUGGGAACCUUAAAGAACACGAGAGAACCCACACUGGAGAGAAGCCAUAUAAAUGCCCAAACUGUGGGAAAAGCUUCAGGCAAAUCUCUUACUUUAUUAAGCACCACCAAACCCACCUUGCAGAUGAGGGGAUGCAUGUGGAAGAGAAACCAUAUAAAUGCUCUGAUUGUGGGAAAGGUUUUGGUGAGAAAGCGAGCCUCGGCAGACACCAGAGAAUCCACACUGGAGAGAAGCCCUUUAAAUGCUCGGACUGUGGGAAAAGCUUCUGCCUGAAAUCAAAUCUUGUUGUCCACUUGAGAAUCCACACUGGUGAGAAGCCAUAUAAAUGCUCCGAGUGUGGGAAGAGCUUCAACCAGACGUCAAGUCUUCAUAAUCACGAGAGAACCCACAAAGGGCAGGAACCAUAUAAAUGUUUAGAGUGUGGGAAAAGCUUCAACAGACCUUCACAACUUAAAGCACAUGAGAGAAUCCACACUGGAGAGAAACCAUAUCGGUGUUCACUGUGUGGGAAAGGCUUUAUUUACAACCACCACCUUGUGAGACACCAGAGAAAUCAUGCAGGAGAGAAACCUUAUAAAUGCCCAGGUUGUGGGAAAGAAUUCAGCCUCAGAUCGACCCUUAUUAAACAUCAAAGAAUCCACAUGGAAGGGACACAAUUAAAAAAUAUGUAAGGUACGCUUUGAGCAUACAGUACUAAACAGUUGAGAAUCCAUUCAGGUGUUGGAAAUCCCAUUCACAGCAGGCCUUGAAAGUGGGCCUGGAUAUUGUUGUGGCCUGGCCCUAGGCUAACGUGUAAAGUCAGUGAAAUGAACGUUGAACAUAGGGAAUUGCCUUUUACUGAGGCCUUUUCAUUCUCCUUUAUUUAUUCAUCUUCUUACAUUUAUAGACUGCUUUAUCCCCAUAGCCUUUGGCAAGAUAGGAGCUUUAGGAGUUUAGGACGCAGAGGGUGGGGGGAGUCCAGUAAGUGGGGAAUGUGGUAAAGGCUUAUAAACUUGUGCAUGAUGUGAAGAAAAUAGAUGGAGAGAAAGCCUUCUCCCUUUGUUGUGAUACUAGUGUGUGUUUUUCAUUUGCCACUGAAAUCAUAGAAUCAUAGAGUUGGAAGAGACCACAAGGGCCAUCCAGUCCAACCCCCUGCCAAGCAGGAAACACCAUCAAAGUAUUCUUGACAUAUGCCUGUCAAGCUUCUGCUUAAAUACCUCCAAAGAAGGAGACUCCACCACAC